CCCCGCCGCCGCCGUCCCCGCACAUCCCGUCCCGUCCAGUCCCACCAUGCUGCGGCUGCUGCUGCUGCUGCUCUGCGGGGCCCUGGGCUGCGGGUCGCAGGGCGCGGCCCCGCUCGCCUUCACCAUGCUGCAGCGGACGCGGGUGUCCAAGGGCAGCUCCGUCUUCUGGGGCAACGCCACGCUGGGCGGGCGGCUCAGCCACCUCCUGGAGGGCCACAACGUCACCCAGGUGCUGCCGCUGGAGCCCCCGGCUGCCUGGGAGCGGCGGCGGGACGCAGUGGGCAACUACCUGACCUACUUCGGCGAGCUGGUGCGGGUCUUCAGCAAGGAGAGGCCCAUCAACUACACGCAGAGCCUGUGCUGCCGCCUGGGCUGCUACCUCUUCCCCAACGGCACAGCCCACAGCUUCUACGAGGUCUCCCUCAACAGGACAGCCUUCCUCACCUUCCACGUCCCCACUGCCACCUGGGAGCGCCGCUGGCCCGGCAGGGACGCGGUGGCCUCCUUCGCCCAGCGGGAGCUGAUGAAGUACCCGGAGACCACCCGGGACCUGCAGCAUUUCCUCAACACCACCUGCGUGGACAUCCUGCGGGCUCAGAGCACCGAGACAGGAAAGCAGAGCAGCCGGUCGCGUGCCCCACUGGUGCUGGGUCUGACCCUGGGGGUCUUGGCGGUGGUGGGCAUGGCCGGAGGCAUCUUCUUGUGCACGGGUGGCAGCUGCUAGCAGAGGCCACGGCCGUCCCACAUCACCCCACGGAGGCAGGGGACUGACCCAGCGUCACCCCACAGAGGCAGGGGACAGAUCCUGCGCGCUGCAAGCCCCUUGCUGGCGGGUCCCCCGGCUGGGAUGUCCCUUCCCUGCCUCGGGGACAGUCCCCAUGCUGUGUGCCGAGGCUUAAUGCAACACCACGCUUGGCCGGGAUGGAAAAAACGGGGAAGGGGCGUGGUGAAAAAUCAGAGAAGAAAGCCAAGAAAGCAUUAAAAGGCUGGCACUCAAACCAUCACUCGUCCCCAUUCUGGUGGGGGGGGGAACGGGGGAGGAAAGGUGGCACACCUGGGCGAGGACCCACUGGUGGCCAUCCACCUCCACGCACUACAGCCCUGCUUCGGUUUUGGUGCAAUAAAACUCCUCCUGCCCA